AAAGACCUAACCCUCUCUCCUCCAAUCCAGACAAAAGACGGCGCAGAUCCGCGGCGGGGCGCACUGAGCCAGAGCAUCUGGAGCACCUUCAUCUGGAGGGGAGGACGAAAACGCAGGGACGCACAGCAGGCACGCCGACAGGACGGACACGCCCUCCAAAUCCACCUGAAAACCUUCGAGCCGGCUAAUUGACCUUGGUAAAGGACACAGGCAGGGAAAGUGAGCCCCAUUUAUCCGUAAAGGCAGAACAGCGCGUUCCCAUGAUGUCAUACCUGUGGAUUCUGCUAUUAGGGAGCCUGCUGGCCUCACACGCCAAAGCGCAAGAAGAGGGAGUCGUAACGGUUGCUCCAGAGGCGGUAGAAACGGCAGCAGAUCCAGCGGUUGGUGGAGAAGCUGAUGGCGCAGCAGAGACAGAAGCACCAGAAACAGAAGGUGAAUUAGACACAACAGCUGACCCUGAACCAACGGCAGAGCCUGAACCAGCAGCUGAACCUGAACCAACGGCAGAGCCUGAACCAGCAGCUGAACCUGAACCAACUGCAGAGCCUGAACCAGCGGCUGACCCAGAACCAGCGGCUGACCCAGAACCAACGGCAGAGCCUGAACCAGCGGCUGACCCUGAACCAACGCCAGAGCCUGAACCAGUGGCUGACUCUGAACCAGCAGCUGACCCUGAACCAACAGCAGAGCCUGAACCAACGCCAGAGCCUGAACCAGCAGCUGACCCUGAACCAACGCCAGAGCCUGAACCAGUGGCUGACCCUGAACCAACGCCAGAGCCUGAACCAGCAGCUGACCUUGAACCAACGCCAGAGCCUGAACCAGUGGCUGACUCUGAACCAACAGCAGAGCCUGAACCAGCAGCUGACCCUGAACCAACAGCUACACCCGAGAAUGAGAAUUUGGGAGAAGAGUCAGAGACAUCUACAGAACCAUCUGCAGGUGUGACGACCCCAGCAGCACCUACAGAAGAUGGCUCAGGAGCAAUAGCAGUGGCUAAUGAAAUUGAACCAUCUACCACACAAGUUAACUCAGAUGCUGACGUGGAAAAGUCUGAACAAACAACUCCUGGACCUGAGGUUGCUGAGACACCUGCACCCCCACAGAUAGAUGAAAAAAUUUCAAAGGCAGAAGGCCGCAGGAUUUACAACCCAGUUCCUGAUAUUCGUGCCAGUUCAGAAGAUCCAGAUUCUUCCAAACCUAAAAGCUCUAAAAAUUUAGCAGCAAUCCUGUCUGGAAUCAUUGUGUCUGCAGUGGGAGGAGUCAUUGGGUACUUUACCUAUCAGAAGAGGAAGUUGUGUUUCAAAACAGGUCAAGAACCAGAUGUUGAGACUGGAGAAGACAAAGCAGCUGCAGCAGAGGUUAAGGCGGAACCCCAUGAACAAAACACCCUGCUAGAAAACUCCAAUCAACAACCGUCUGACUAGCCUGGGCCAACUUCAUUCAAGCAGAGGCAAUCUCACUGUUAGGCUCUGCCCCGAAGAGCUAAAUUACUGUGAGGCCCCAGAGUAGGCCUGUGUGUUUCUCAUCGUGUAAGUGUGUGUUGGUUUGCAUGAGCUUGUGCGUGUGUGUGUGUGUGUCUUCCUUCUUGUGGGGGCAAAGGAGUUAGAUAAAGAUCUAGUGGUUUCUGGUCAUUCCAACAAGGCAAUUUAUUAAAAUGAUCAAUCAAAAUCCAACUUUGUUUUUUUUUUUUGCCAAGUUGCCAUCAAAGAGAUUAAAUCUCAUAUCAACUGUAACAAUAAAAUAUCCCAACUCUGCAACAUUUUUCCUUUAUUUGAGAUGGCUACUACAUUGUUCUGGUAAUUCAAUAUAAUUCAAAACCAGUAAUCGAGAGUGAUAUUGUAUGUAUUGAACUAGUACUUUUUUGCAUUUAUUGAGCCAAACAUAUGAUAAUGAAAGUAUACAAAUGUCCUAAAGAAUGAAAAAAAAUAUAUAUAACAUAAGUUAUCUCUUGUAAAAGUGUAGGAUAAGAGGACAAGAAGUGGCAUGAAUUACUAUCACUGUACUUUGUGAAUUUUGACAUGGGAGAAGUGUUAGAGGAUUUCAUUCCUAGUUUUAGGGGGAUGCCCUGAUUUAGGUUAUAAUGUGCUUGGAAUACCAACGGCAUCACUGUAGUUCUGUGUUUUCUUUAGUUUGUCCUGUUUUGUUUUGUUUCUCUCUGGUGAAGGGACUCAGACUUAAAUCUUGUUCAGUUGCCGUUUCUCCGUCAGCUGAAUAAAUUAGUCGUUGACAUUUCUUAUUGACCUUUGAAAUAGAUGAUAAUCAGAUACAGACAGUUCAUACCCUUUGAUUUUUUUUGUCACAUAACAACCACAAUCUUCAAUGUAUUUUGUCGAGAUUUCACAUGACAGACUAGAUCAAAGCAAAGCACAGUUGUGAAGAUGAAGCACCUUAAAACUUUCAGAUUCAAUGGGGUACAUCCAUUUUUGAGUCUUCCCUAGAUUAAUGUCUAGGCCAUUAAUCUAGUGUCAUCUGUAAAAAAUAUUGUUACUUGCAUUUUGGUCAAAAUGGUCAGCUGUCUUCUCAACUGAGCAGAACAGGAUGUUUACUGUGUCCUCUACAAGACAUCUCGUAAACUUUUAAAUUAAGUCAAAACUCUUCUAUAGAUGAUAGAUUGAAUAUUUAGUGAGAAGUUUAGAGCUAAAUUAAAGCUUUUUAACAUCUCUACAACUUUAUUAUUGUGUUAAAGUACAUACAGUAGAGUUUUCAGAAGUUCAUUAGUUUUCUUGAUUGUAUUUUAUGGAAUCAGAUUAAAUGCAAAUCACACUAUUUAUGUUUCUUUGUGGACAAUAAAAUAUUAGUUGUUAUGUGACAAAAUAUGAAAAGGCUCAAGGAGUAUUAUGAUGCAGUAAUCGUUACUGUUUUGUUUUCUUUCUUUUUUUCCCAAUAUUUUAAAUCCACCUAAGUUUAAUCCAAAACUCAUAGGGACACCUAACAAUGAAAAAGUGACAAAAAAAAAAAGAUUGUAAUUAUGUAGAUGCAUUUUUUUUUGUUAGUUUUGUUUUGUUUUUUCUGUAGUAUGUGUAGUUGAGAUGCAGUGAUUUCUUUGUUAUAGUGCCUUUCACUGUCACAGCCUGGCUUGAGAAAUCUAAAGGCACACAGAGAAGACAUAUGGACUAGUGAUAUCAAAACAAGUGAAUCACACAAAACAAUAAGAGGAACGUGCUGCAUGGUGCUCAAAAUUUAAACAAAAUGAAUUUGAAGGUAUGGUACACACAGGGUGAUAACAGCAACAAACAGCAUGUUUAAAGCAGGCCAGCUUUGUUUUUUCAAAAAAAAAUUUUACCAACUUGAUCAGAUUUUAUGUGCAAAGAUGUCCUGAGUGUGUGUCUCUUCAUUGAAACAAGCCAGUUAGUGCUGUCAGUGUUUUUGUAUCAUUCAUGCACGGGCAACAUUCACCUGUGACCUUUAUAUGGAUUUCUACCAUCUUGGCAGUGGUGCCUCUGAGCCGACACUGACGGUUUUUUGAGUUAACUAAAUUCCUGUGGUAUUUUGUGAUUUUUUUUUUUUUUUUGUUGUGAAAAUGUCUCAGAAGAUGCCACGCUACUGCCUUUUUGUUCUGUCUCCUGCCACUGUAGCACAAAUUAACUUCUGAAUGUCUUUUCUUUUGCCUUGAAGUUUUGUACUCUCUGUACUUCUUUUAAACAAAAUAACGUGGUUAUACUGGUUGUAUAGUGUCGCAGUUCCUGAGACUUUAGCUGGAAAACACUACAUAGCUGCAAUACAGGACAGAGACUGUUGCUAACAGCCUAGCCUUGAGCUGAGAAAUAGUCUGUGAUGUCACAUGAAUUGUUUUUAUGAACACAAGUUUGAUGCUCUGAUAACUGCCAUCUUACUCUGUAACCACUGAUAGACAAUAGACAAUUUUAUCUUGAGAUGUUAAAGCAAGCAGAUAAUAUGUCUGGCAUAGAGUGAAAAUGCACAAACUUUCCAUUGUAUAACAGUACAAGCUUUCUUAGAUAACCAUUGAUGCCUUCAAAACAAAUUAUCUUCCUUUAAGUGCAGCACUCUCCCCCUUCUGUGCACAUUCCACUGGAUGCUUUAAGUUUCAGCAAAAGCACUCUGAUGUCCUGCAGUGUAAAUUCAGACUCAUUUACUACACAAGAGAAUUCCUCAGUGCUAAUCUGCUUUACACUUUUUCCCUAAAAGUCCCAAAAGACACAAUGUAUCAGACUGCAGCAUCCAAACCAGAAUGUAAACCUUUGGGUCCUGAAGUGCACUUUCCAGAUCAAACAAAAGGGCAUCAAACAUCUCACUAACCAGUGCUGCCUUAUCAUUUAUAUCAUCUUGAAUAUUUCUGAGAGGGAAACAAAAGAACAGUGUCAACAUCAACAGAAAGAUGAGCAGAGAUUUUGUUGUUUUGUUUUGUAAGAACAUUCUCAAUUGGAGAAGCACUUUCCUAUCCUGUAUACACAUUGACUUAUUAAAUGCAUUUAAACAAGUGUAAAGCUUUUCCUGUUAAUUUAAUAUUCCAUGUUGAUAUUUCAUGUAUGAACUGUCUUCUUCAAUGUCAUUCAAGCACUUGUGCUUGUCUGGAAUUGUGUAAAUAAUGUUUGACAAGUUGAUUAAACACUUUUCGUGGGA